GGCUUUUACGGAAGGAACUCGCUUGUCGCACCUAGUCUUUGUCAGUUCCAGGGCCCUGCUUUAUAUGCUCAGAACAAUGCUCGGUUCGAGGAAAGUGACUGGGAAAACUUGCAGAAACUGAUGGAUAGCGAUAAGAAAGAUGACCCUUUAAAAGUUGGUCGAUUUGGAAUUGGCUUCAAUUCUGUUUAUCAUUUGACUGAUCUGCCCAGCAUCGUGAGUGGAGAUUCUGUUGUAUUUCUUGAUCCUCAAGAAAUACACUUUGGUAGAGGGGAAACGGGACAAGAAUUUUCCCUUGAGGAUGAACUCCUUGAAAAUCACGAAGACCAGUUCAAGCCGUACGAGAAUGUCUUAGACUGCAAAAUUUCGACUCGAUUUUACAAUGGAACUUUGUUUCGUUUUCCGUUACGAAGUGCACCAUCAGACUUAUCCGAAAAGGUUUACAGUAAGGAAAAAGUUCGCAAAUUAUUUCAAGCCCUCGAAAAGGAAGCACCUGUUAUUCUGCUCUUCCUGAAAAACAUUGAAGAAAUCGUUCUGUUUGAAACUGAUGAAAGAGGCGUUGAGAAACAUGUCUUUACAGUUCGACUGAGUGACAGCUGCCGACAAGAAGUUAGAGAAAAGAAGAGAAAUUUUUUGAAUGAUUUGAGAAGGCUGAGCGACGGGGAAAUUGAAAACAUCAAUCUUUCUCUAGAUUUGCAUGUCCUUGAAAAGACUGAAGGAGGAAGGGAGGUGGAAAAUAAAUGGCUUGUGUACCACCAGGUUGAUGCUCUAAAUUCAACUCUCAAAAAAUUGUCCCUAGAGUUAGGUCUCCUACCUUGGGUGGCCUGUGCCACACCAGUGAAUGCAGUCACACUUCAAGCGCUCUCGUCAAGAACUGGAAGAAUCUUCUGCUUCUUACCACUUCCACCAGACGCUGACUCCAAGACCGGUUUGCCAGUUCACGUGCAUGGCUACUUUGGCCUCACAGAUAAUCGGCGUGGUCUUAAAUGGCCAGGCCUUGACUGUCAGGACGACUCAACCGCAGAAUGGAAUGUGUCGCUGGUGCAGCAUGUUGCGAGUGAGGCCUACGCCAACGUGUUGCUCCUUCUUAGAGAUUCAUGUGAUUCUUCAGAUGGAACAGAUUUGGUGUACAAGUCAUGGCCAAACAUUCGGGAAGUUGAAAACCACUGGCAGUGUAUGCUAGAGCACAUGUUUUCGAUUUUAUUAAAAGAAAACAUCCUCUGGACCCCUGCAAAUCAUGGUCAGUGGAGAAACCUUAGUGACGCCUACCUUGACAGAAUGACAACCCAAUUUCAGAAUACAUCUGAUGAAACAAGACGCGUAGUUCUAGACACAUUGACGCAAGCAAAUGAGGCCGUUGUAAUCGUCCCGAGCCACGUCAUGACUGCGAUUGAUAAAUACAGGUCAGUACCUACGAAGAGCAUCACUCCCGCAUUCUUGAGAGCUCUGCUGAAAAAGAAGGAAAAGGGAGUUUGGAAGAUAAGCAAUGUACUGAAGGAGAAGAAGCUUUUACUACUCGAAUUUGCUCUCGCGGACAAGAACCUGGACGACAUGCGAGGAGUUCCCCUUUUGCCCCUCGCAGAUGGAAGUUUUGUUGAUUUCCGCUCAAUCCAGUACAACCGAGAACCAGCCGCUGCUGUGUACGUUUCGUCAACGAGCAAUCCCCGUUCCAUUUUCCACAACAUGGACAAUAAGUUCCUCGACGACAGCGUUCAAACAUCUGCCGUUACAUAUUUGUCGAAGGUUGCCACUGAUGCUAAUAACUCACAUACAAUCGAACCGGUGCAACUCGUUAAGUUAAACCAAACCAUUGCUGCCAAGGUUCUGCGAGAGAUGCUUCCAUCAGAGUGGUCUGGGGGAAAUCAUUCAGUACCUUGGUAUCCAGGAAAAAAUGGGCAUCCACCAGAGCACUGGUUGGAGUCAGUAUGGGUGUGGAUUCAGAGAAUGUUACCCACUGAUCUCUCAUUGCUCGAAAACCUCCCGCUCAUUCCACACACAUGUGCUGGAAACCGAAGCAUAGUGAAGCUGAGUUCAUCAAGCGUAGUUAUCAGAAGACAUUACCAGAGUAUCUCUUUACCGCCGCUUAUUGUGUCUUUGCUUGGAAAAAUUGGCUGCAUUGUUCUAGAAAAUCUUCCAUCGUACAUUCAUCACAACACCCUAAAUAGAUACGUUCUCACACCUGAUCCCCAUGGCGUCCUAAAGAUCUUUUGCACGUUGGGUCAAAGCGGGUGCAUACCAGCGAUUACACAUUGUUCCCCAGAUGAGAAGCGAGCGCUACGAAGUUUCGUCUCUUCUGCGUCCUUAAGUGGUGAUCAAAGAAACCUCCUGUAUGACCUUCCUAUUUUUGAUGCAGCAGAUGGAUACUCCUUCAUUGCUGUCAGAAAUGGAUUUCAAUUUCAUGGAGUGUCACCCUAUGACUUCAAACUUCCUCAAUCCUUGCCAAUACCAAGAGCGUCCUCGAUCAUUGCCUUAAGAGAUAGCCAAUCUCAUACCCUAAUUCACAGACUUGGAAUCUCACCGAUGACAAAAACAACCUUUCUAAGGGACAUUGUAUUCAGUGGCAUACAGAACAAUUUCUAUAAUCACCAACAGAUCUCUACGCUGAUGUGCUGGGUACUUAGCCAGUAUUCCCUUUUUUGCGGGGAAGACAGCUCAUUUCAUUCAUCUCUUCAACAACUGCCCUUUGUACUCACCAUGAGUAAUAAGUUAGUUACUCCAUGUUGCGUUCUAGAUCCACAACAACCCAUUUUGAAGCAACUGUUUGAGAGCGAAUACGACAAAUUUCCAAAUGGAAGUUUCGUCAAAGAAGAAACCCUUCUACGUCUUCGACAACUUGGAAUGAGGAGUAUUCCAAAUAAAGAGGACAUUCUACAUGUUGCUAAAACAGUUGAUAAGAUUCACAGCGAUGUGGGAUCCCGUAAAGCAUCAGCCUUAUUAGAGUUCCUUGACGGAAACCCACCUGACAAGUCCUUGGGCCAAACUCUGAUGAACGAGAGAUGGGUCCCAAGAAAACAGAGUCGUCCCUCCUCUUAUCCUGGUGCGAUGCCUUGGUUUUCAGGAACAACGCAUUUAUACAAACCAUCUGAAACGUUCAGCGAAUCGAAAGCUACUCUUGUAGGAGCUUCAGCACCAAUAGUAUCCAAACCUUGUUCCAAAGCAUUAGAGGCUGUUUUUGGUUGGGACAAAUCGCCACCUGUGCACCACCUUUUAAACCAGUUGCGUUCUGCUUGUUUGGUACGAUUGAAUGACAUGAACAGGAGUGCUCUGUAUCAUUUCCAAGUGAUGUUAAGGCAGAUCUACGAAGAAGGAUCCAGCAAUGCUAGCCUCAUCGACGCUGUAAACCAGGAUAACAGUUUUCCUGAGUGGAUUUGGCAUGGAAAUGGGUUUUCAUCACCGUCAAAGACAGCAUUUACAUCUUGCUGCAGAAUCGACUUGAGGCCUUACCUUUACAUAGUUCCAAAAGAAUUUAAAAUCCUUUACCCUUUCUUCCAGCGAUGCGGUGUUCGUGAAAAAUUUCAAGAUUCCGACUUGUUGCGUAUCCUGACAAUGAUAAAAGACAAACAUAACACCAGCAGUGACUAUCUAAAAGAUGUGGCAGAUGAUCGAAAGCUGUCACAUGAUAUUCUCCACUGGAUAGUUAGAGAUGGAAAGAAACUCAAUCCAGACCUUCGAGAAAGUCUACUGGUGCCGAUUCACACCUGGGAUAAUACCUUGAAGUUGGUUCCAUGUUCGGAGUGCACUUUUUGUGACGCGGAGUGGCUUAGAAAAGGAGGAACAGAACUUCUAAUCACAAGCGAAUUUCCGAUGAUCCACAAGGCCAUAUCUCCCGAAACCGCUACUCUGCUUGGUGUUCCACCAAUCAGCACCCGUGUCACUUGUGCAGAGGCUGUAGGUAUCGAGCAAACAGGUCCCCACGAGCCAAUUACCACGAGGCUAAAGAAUAUUCUAAACGAGUACAAAGAAGGGGUUGGUGUUUUCAAGGAAUUAGUGCAGAAUGCAGAUGAUGCUGGUGCAACAGAAGUUCAGUUCGUUCUUGACUGGCGCAAUCAUCCAAACCAGAGGCUUUUGUCACCGGGAAUGGUAGAAUGCCAAGGUCCCGCCCUGUUGGCAUACAACAAUGCAACCUUUACAAAUGAUGAUCUGAAGAAUAUAUCGAGACUGGCAGGUGCCACGAAAAAGGAAGAUCUUGAGAAGAUUGGUCGCUUUGGUCUUGGUUUCAGUUCCGUUUACCACUUUACUGAUGUUCCAAGUUUCAUUACCAGAAGUUAUGCUGUCUUUUUUGAUCCAGAAACAACACAUCUUGGCUCCCACAUAAGCGAUGCUUCGAAGCCUGGAAUAAAGAUAGAUCUGGCGAAUGUUAAAAAGGUGUCCUUCCUUGAAGUGGAUGAAAAUGCAACUGAUACUAAAGACUCACGACUCCUGUUUGAAAUCUGCAGAAAAAGUCAGUCAGAAUGUACACCAGUCAAGAAUUCUGUAACGGAAAGUACCUUUCUGAAGUCAUGCGCAGCAUGGACGAGACAGUCCACUAGUCAGUCCGAGCCUUUUGCCAGGUAUCCAUCUCCCAAACUAACGGAGCUCAUAUCGGUGUGUUUCACCAUCUGUCGAAAGAAUGAAAAGAGGUGUCAAGAAACCCAGUCUUGGCUUGUGACCUCUUGUCUUGGUACUGGAAAUUCCUUUAAGCUUGCAACAAGCGAGGAGGGCAAGAAGGAGGGACUCUUAUCUGCCUCAGGAGUGGCAGCAAAGAUUUGCACCAAAGGCGAUGGCUCUCAAAAAGUAGAGGCAGUACCUGGAGAAAUGUUUUGUUUCCUUCCCCUUAGUAUUCAAACAGGUCUUCCAGUACAUGCCAAUGGCUACUUUGCAGUCACAUCAAACCGCCGAGGAAUCUGGGAAGGUACUACAGCCGAUAUCGGCCGUCAACCUUUAGAAGUGCGGUGGAACCAAAGCCUCAUGGAGGAUGCGUUGACUCAGGCCUAUGUUCAGCUCUUGGAAAAUAUGAUUGUCAUGCAAACACAAGGAAAAAUCCCGUCGUAUGAUGUUUUCACGCUCUGGCCAAAUCCAGACAAACUUCAAUCAUCCGCAUGGGAACCACUCAUCAAGAGCUUUUAUCGAAGAAUUGCAAGUCAUGACUUACCCUUAGUGCGCACAGCAGGGAAAUGGCUCCCAGUAACUCAAUGCAUUUACCAAGACCUCAAGUUACGGGAGCUUCCAAAUAGUAAGAUCGUCCUUGAAAAGUUUGAUUACAAAAUAGCACAACUUCCAGACUUUGUCAAGAAAGGAUUUCAACAAGCUGGAUGUAUGGAAGUUAUCGACCAACGUACAAUGACACAAGAAAAGUUUCUCCGAGAUGUUUUUUUCCCGAAUAUCACGGCAAUACCCGAAGAGCUUCGGAAUCCCAUUGUGUGCUACCUCAUAGAUGAAUGCCUUCGACGACAUGCUAGCAAUUGGUCCAAGCAGCUACUCGAUCUAUGCGAAUUUUUGCUUUCAACUAAUCGCUGUAUUCCUUGUGGGUCAGAUACGGGGCAUUUGGCUUUUCCCAAGGAGCUGAUAUCCCCGAAAAGUGCCGCUGCGACUCUGUUCUCAGCAGACGAUAGGAGAUUUCCAUUUGGUUCAUGUUAUCAAACUGAGGAACGUCUUCUCGUGCUUCAAAACCUGGGAAUGUUAUCAGAUAUUCUUGACUGGGAAACCCUGAUUGAGCGAGCAAACUCUGUGUCGGUGCUCUGUAGAAGAGCCAAACAAGAUGGUAGGAAGAGAUCUGCCCUUCUCAUCAAGUAUAUUAAUGUCUACCUUGAGAAAAUGGACCCCCCUUCAGAAUUGAAUAGAGAGGAGUUAAUGGCAAUCAGUAUGUUUCCUACUCUUGCAAAGCCACCAAACUAUGUUAUGCCAUGGAAAGGUACUGCUGAUUGGAACAGUGAUAUCCUUCCAGCGAAAGAAAUGUACGACACCAGGUAUAAGUUUGUCGCAGGGUCCUCACGACCAAUCCUUGAUGAAAGUGAGAGUGGCUGCAGUAGGUUAAGCGAGAGAGCGCGGCAUCUUUUUGGUUUCAACUCUCGUAAACCAUCGGCCCAUGAGGUUCUUAGCCAGUUGGAGCAUGCAGUUCAGGCAAUAUUCCACUCGCCCCAUGCGGUCGAAAGUUUGGAAAAAGUCUUCCAUUGCAUAUACGAUUAUUUACAAGAACUUGUUCUGGAACCAGACGGCGAGCGAAUUAUACAUGCAUUGCAAGAAAAGAAAUGGAUACUGGUUCAAGGAAAGUGUCUGCCGGCCUCUCGGCUGGCUUUCGCGUGGAGGCGAUUUGGUGAGCCUUAUCUGAACGAAGUGCCACAAAAUCUUGCGUCGAAAUAUCGUAGCUUAUUUCAAGCAACAGGCAUCAAAGAGCACUUUUCCACCAAGGAGAUAAUUUCUGCUCUUUAUGAGCUCAAUGAGGAGAAACAAGGAGAGCGUCUAUCUACGAAAGAGUUUAAAGUUUCAAAAUCUUUGAUUGAUGAAAUAUCGGAAGCCUCAGAGGAAUCCUUAGUCACGGAAAGAGGGAAGAUUCCUCUGCCAGACCAUAAUCUGAUUUUGCAGCCCGCUGAGAAAUUAGCCAUUAAUGAUGCACCAUGGGUGGCUGCUAGAAGUGACAUCGACUAUGUUCACAAGGACUUGUCAAUUGACCUUGCACACAGGCUUGGAGCAAUUGAUAUUCGAACAAAGAAACUAUCCAGAAUAUCUCGUCCAAUCGGACAAAAAUUUGGACAGCGAGAGGAGCUUACUGACCGCUUAAAGGGCAUUUUGAAAGCAUAUCCAUGCGAUGUUGGAGUCCUUAAGGAACUUGUUCAGAAUGCUGAUGAUGCAGGGGCCACUGAGGUGCAUUUAAUUUUUGACCCUCGCUACCACAACACUGACCAACUCCUAAGUGACAACUGGAAGGAACUGCAAGGUCCUGCCCUGUGUGUUUACAACAACCGACCCUUUUCCAAAAAUGAUUUAGAGGGGAUACAAAGACUGGGAAUUGGUAGCAAAGUAAACGAUCCUACUAGGACAGGACAGUAUGGUAUUGGCUUCAACGCCGUAUACCACUUAACGGACUGUCCAAGCUUCAUUUCGAAUGGAGACACGCUCUGCAUUCUCGACCCUCAUUAUCGUUACGCUCCCGGAGCAGACAAGGAGAAUCCUGGACGUCUCAUCGAACCAAUAGGUGAAGAGGAACGAUCCGAUUUCAGGGAUGUAUUUCCUUGUUAUCUGGAAGACAUGUUUGAUUUAAAAUCCUCAACUAUGUUUCGCUUUCCUCUUAGACUCCAAAGUACGUGCACAGAGUCAUUGAUAUCUGAACAACGAAUCUCCUCCACAGAAAUGAACCAAUUUAUGAACCAAUUAGCCUCUGAAGCAAGAGAGAUUAUCCUUUUUUUGAACCAUGUCAAGAAAAUAUCACUGUCUGAAAUUAAAGACGAUCGGCUGAAAGAAAUACACUCAGUUUCUGUUCAGCUAACAGCCGAUGAUAAUGCGAAACGCCUGAAGCUAACGAAUCAUAUCAAGAAUUGUAGGUUCCUAAAUACAAAUGAAAUUCAAUGGUUUGGAAUCACAUACCCUCUUUUUGUUCACGAGGGUAGAGUACGACAGGAACAAUGGCUUGUCCAUCAGUGCAUUGGAAUCCAGAAACGAGGUGGUGACAAGAUUCCUAACGGUCGAGAUUAUGGUCUCCUACCUCGCGGAGGAAUAGCGGCUAAGGUGUCGGAAAAGUCAAAACUCCAUUCCCACAUAGGAAGUGAACCAACCUUCAAGGCUUUCUGCUUCUUGCCAUUACCAGAACACACAGGGCUCCCAGUUCAUGUAAAUGGGCAUUUCUUUUUAGAUUCCGCCCGUCGAAAUCUUUGGAACGAUGAAAAGGGAGAAGGAUUUGGAAACCAAUGGAAUCAUUUCAUAAUGAGCAAAGUUUUGGCCCAAGCGUAUAUCUCGUUGAUGUUGGAGGCACGUGGUCACCUGCCUGGCUCCAAAAGGGGGGAAACCACCAGCUUUUCUAAAGAAUUCAAGGUUCACAAUGGAAUGCGAUGGUAUCAUAAUCUUUUUCCUCAUUUUGAUACUGUCCAAAGCCGGUGGCGAGUUCUAGCAGAAGCUUUUUUCCACAACAUUUGCAAAGAAGAUGCAGAGUUGUUGCCGCUGACGACGAGACUUUUCGGUAAAAAUUCGCCAACUUCCCAAAGUGCUAAGGCUACACAAAGCAUUCAACCCCUUGAUAAUGCUCAGGUCGCCAAAAAUGAUUUUAUUGACCGUGAAGAACCCAUAAGGUGUUUUUGGCUGUCUCCUUCACAGGGGUAUUUCAACACUUUGUCCUUUACUGAUGAAUCAGCAAAAGAUCUUUCAAAAGUUCUCUUCAACAUUGACUUCAAACUUUUUUACUCUCCCUUCAAACUCUUCAACGACUUCAAAACAGCAGGAACAGAUGUUAGAGAGAUCACUCCAGAAGGAGUUAUUAAGUUUCUUGAAAAGAACCCAAACUCCGUAGGUAUACUACCCUGCCCUGUAAGUGAGACGACAGUUGGUUCUGUGGUUAAUGUAGUCCUCCUCCUUAAUUAUUGCAUGGAGACCCCUACCUUUUUAAAUCAAAUAUUUGGAAUCCCUUUAUUGCUGACUGAAGAUGGUGUCCUUAGGCGAUUUCAGAUGGAUAAGCAAGUAUUUCUGAGCCGCUUUGCAGAUUUGGUACCAAAUCAACGCUCUGAGUUUAUUCACCACAUACUCGCCGCACCGUUACUUCACUUCGAAAAAGAAAUCUUUCAGGCGGAUCAAGGGGUUCUCAAAAGAUUCGAUAUCUGUGCAUUAGCCUCGCUCCUUCCGAGUAUUGCAAAAGGCAAGUGGCGUGAAACCAACAGUCUCAUUCCAUGGGAUUGGAAAGACGGGCCUACCGAACCAUGGUUAAAGCGUCUAUGGGAGUUUUUGUUCAAGGCACACAAAAAGGACCCAGAUACUUUUUCCCUAGAUCCACUGCAUAAAUGGCCCAUUCUUCCAACCAAAUCGAAGGAAUUAGCCCCACUUUCAAAAGGUAAGGUCAUUCUUGACUUGACAGCCUCCGAGGCCUGGUCGGUUGGCCAAAAGACUGUAGUCGAAUUGUUGAGGAAGCUGCGAUGCCCGGAGUUGGAUGUCGAGCUCAUCGGCAGUGGUAAUAGAUGGGAUCUAUCGCCAGUGCUCAAACAGCACCUAUCGUACCCCAACUCGUCGCAAGACAUUCUAGAGGUGCUAGACCACUUGAUGAGGACAGAAGAUAUUUCUGGUUAUCUUUCUGACGAUGAAAUGAUUUCAUUGCUUCAGUUUUUUCAACAUGAUGCAGCCUCUCUGAAACAAGACCGAUCAUUGACUUCCAUUUUGAAGCGAUUGCCAUUUUUCAAGACUUUUAUGGGAACGUUUGUUUCUCUUGAAAAUGCUAAAUCAGUAUAUACCAUCCCGAAGGGUUUACCAACUGACGAGUGCGAUGUUUGGAUGCGAGGAAUCAAUUGCCUUUUCUUAGCACCUGAACCAUUGCUGGACCACCUGUACAAUAGAGUUCUAAAUGUUGUUUCCAGAACUCACGCAGAUUGCUACAUCAACUUCAUUUUCCCCAAAUUUCCAUCUCUUAAGGAGCAAACUCGUAUGCUUCAUCUUAACUACGUUAAACGAUUCUUGUUGGCACCCUUUUCCGAUGAAGAUCAACACACUAGAGUCCUACAAUCACUUAGAACUUUGGAAUUUAUUCCUGACACCAAUGGGUCUCUACGAACUGCAUCUUAUUUUCAUGAUCCACGCGAGAAAGUUUUUGCAGUUAUGUUACCACGUGAUGCAAAGCCACCGGAACCUUUUAAUGAGAAAUCCGGUUGGCUAGAUCUCCUUUGUGAAGUUGGAUUAAAGAAACAAGUUAGCAGAGAUCAGUUUCUAGAGUUUUCAAAGGAAGUUGCAAAACAUGCAGAGAACAUGAGCAAGAAAACUCGUAGUACUUUGGAGGAAAAGUCUCAAACUCUCGUUACCCAUCUUCUGAAUGAAAAAUCCUUUCAUGAAGCGGAAUUUUUACGACAACUCUCUAUGAUAAAGUUUGUAGCAUCGUCAAAGGCCAGUGAUAACCUUCUUUCUCUUUACAAGCAGUACCCAUGCGCUAAACAAGUGCAAGAUGGGACACUUCCAUUCAUUCAUUUCCACGGUUCAAUAUCAAAGAUGAAUGAGCGACUUGCCUGGACAACUGCGCCUCUUCUACCAGAUUGGGUUGUUUCAGAUUCUGGAAAGGAAAUGCUUGGAGCCCUUGGAGUUUUCCCAUAUCCAUCGCUGGAUCAAGUCAUCAAUCACGUCACCAUACUCUCACAAAAUGUUCCCAAGGACAUUGAUGGAGAAAUACCGCAACCAAAGCGUCGCCUUCUGGGUGAUAUCAUGACUGAGGUGUAUACGUUCCUUCAACGUAUGAGCAGGUGCCAGGAAAGCGACUCUCUCAACUCCUGCUCUCUAAAGUGCCAUGAAAUUGGGAAGCGUUUGUCUGACAAGUCAUGUGUCUUGGUUGAAGAUGGCCGCGUAUUUGUCCGUGGUGACCAACUUGCCUUCCACCUUGAUAAGCAGUUGGCACCGUAUCUAUAUAAAGUUCCGCUGGAAUAUGGAUCUUUUCAGCACUUGCUACUCCGACUUGGAGCCGUAGAGGAAGCCACACCAGAACAGUUCGCCAAACUACUCAGUAACCUGAACGCCUCAUGUUCAGACGAGAAAAUGCAUCCCAAUGAAUCCAGUAUUGCAAAACACGCUGUUUACGGCCUGUUUACGACUCUAAAGGCCCUACAAGGCGACAACAAUGAAGGUGAGCCAGCUAAUAAUUCUCUCUCUAACAUCGAACGUCUGUACCUUCCAAGCCGCAAACAAAAGCUCGAAAGAUCUGUAGACUUGGUCCUGUUUGAUUCUCCUGGGUAUAUAUCCCGUAUACCAAUUGCCAUGUAUAAGCACCUAGAUCUAUUAAAAGAGUACAACCUGACGUUCGCUACUCCUCGGCAAAUUGUCGACCUUCUGCCAGCUCACUUGACGAUCCCAUCCAUAACAGCACUUGUUAGGGAAGAGCUGCACUCAGAAUGCAGAGAAAAGAAGUGCCGUGCUGAUGUGGAAAAGAAAUGUCACGAGACCAAUCGUCUCCGUCACAUAUUGUUUUCCCCCAAGUUUGUGGAUGGUAUGAUACGAAUUUUAAAAAAUCAAUAUCAGAAAGCCAAACUGAAUGAUGAAGUCCGAGGAAAAGUACGCAGAUUUCAAAACGAACUAAAAAUAAGUUGCAUGGAAAUGCUGUCCACUGAGCUCGUGGAAAACAAAUCAAAUACAUCAAUUCCAGGCAGCCAAAGAUCAAAGAAAAUAGACUGUUUUGUGGAGAGAGAUGAAAGUGGCAGAAAGCAUAUAUUCAUCAAACAUGGUGUUGAUCCCAGAAACGUACGCAGGAUUCUCUGCAAAGAGAUAAAUCAAUUGACAGGAUGCUACAUCGACAAAGUUAGCUGGUUGCAUCUGGCUGACAUUUUAGAGUGUGAGUCGCCUGAAGACAUUUCUUCCACAUUGGACAAGGCUAGAGUCUCCGAAGAUGUGGAUACUACUGAUACGCCAAACCGAGAGCCUGACCUUGGAACAGACGUGCGUGAAGAGUUUCAUUACCUUCAAGAGCAGUACGGUGACUUCUACUUUCGAAAAGGAGAAUUUGUUGCAUUUGAAAAAGAUGACUCAACAGAUGAGGAACCGAGGUACAUCUAUGCAAAAAUUGUGAACAAGGUUACAACUAAAAUAAAACCCAAAAAGGACAGAACGAAAAGAAAGCAAAAAGACGAGAGUAAGCUGCUCGACAGAUAUCUUAUUGACAUAGGCCAUGUAAAGAAAGAAGUCGAUGUACUGGAUCUGUACAAGAUAAGGAGACCACAAACAUUUCUGGAAAAAGAUGAAAAACCAGAAGGAGAAUGUUUUUCAGAAACAAUGGAACUCGUACCUCACGAGGGAACAUAUCGACAGAGUGCAGAACCAGAGGGGGCGGAAUGCUCAACGACACCACAAAGUAAAGACGACUGUGGUGAGCUACCUAAGCCUAGGACGUUGGACGCCGCCAGAAAAGAAGUUCGAAAGAAACUUUCCGAAAUUUGGAAGCUUCCAGAAGAUACACGAAAGAAAGCAAUAAGGCGACUAUACCUUCGAUGGCAUGCGGACAAGAAUAUGGACAUGCAAGACAUUACAAACGAAGUCAUGAAGUAUAUACAAACUGAGGUCGAAAGGUUAUCGAAAGGAAAGUCGUCAAGCCGCGAUGAAGGUUGUGCAAGACCACCGCCACCAGAUUUUUCGGACUUAUUCAAGCUGUGGGAUGUAAUAGCUCGACGACAGCGCUCAAGCUUUGAAAACUAUCGCCGCCACAACCCACGAUUUACAGGUUUCGCAUCACACUCGAGAAGGACUUACACGGCAUCUAAUCUACGCGUAGCGAAGAUGUGGAUUCGUCAAAGCAAAGAAGACCUGCGGUCCGUAAAACUUCUCUUGACUGCCCGAGAUCCACUUUACUACCUUGUCUGCUUCCAGUGUCAUCAAAUCGCGGAGAAAUCUCUCAAAGCAACUCUUUACGCUCUAUCAGGGAUCGCAGAUAGGCAGCUGAAAUAUAACGAUUUGGUACUAUUGGCACAUGAUCUUUCACGGCUUCCUAGAGCUCCAGAUGUGACACCGCAAGUAGCCAGGCUGUCUGACUAUUACGAGGGCACUCGAUAUCCUAACAAGCACGUGCCACCUAAAGUGCCUGCUGAGGUUUUCCAGGAUUCUCAGCAAGCACAGGAAGCGUUCAGACUGGCCACAGAAGUUUUGGAAGUACUAGAACAGUUUGUUGGACCAUAAUUACUGUUAAUUACUCACAUUUAGCCUCUAGGACUGUAUAACCCUCCAGAUACUGUUAAAAAUGAACUGCUUUACUUUAGGCAUCAGAAUCUUAAAAAUACUUAGAAAAAUUUAAGCUAGCUAAAUGGAAGGAUACUACUAGCACUUCUUUGUCUCAUCGUGCGACGUUAAACUUUGCCUGAAGUGGACUAAUGUUGCUUAACAUGAUUCAAAUAUUCCACUGAAGAGAAAUUGGCGUUUUAUAGAUAAAAUUAGUUUGAUCGCUAACUUUGCAGCAUCCUGUUUGUUUUGUGUUUUAAAUUUUUACCAGUAACAUUUUACUGUAGUGACAAGGCUCUCUUCACAAAGGGGUUCAUAAGGUAACGAAAAGUAAGUUUAUAUCAAUUUGAGAGUUUUUACAACUUUCGCUAGUCAUCCUUCGUUUUAUUCUAACUGGUGGUGUUGCUUACAAUAAAGAAAAAAUCUUCCACCGCCAACUUAAAGUUGAGUUUCCGUAAAACGAAUAGAAACAAAAUUACCUCAUAAGGCGACCUACACCUUUGAAAGAGUUCUUAAUAAUUUGUAGUUUGCCGAAGUGAUAGGAACACAGUCGUAUGUUUUUGCCAUGACAGAGAACCAUAAGGAAUCGUUGCAUUUAUUUUUUCUCGUCGAGGGAAAAUUUUUUCAAAUCUAAAUUUAUUAGAGUUAUUUUUAAAUAUUAACGUUGAAUUAUUA